GCGUUAUAUCUUCCUCUCUUCAACCGAUUGACCAGUUUUCAAAACCCUAGCAAGUUAGCGCCUUUGCAUCUUACUCAUGGCCCUCCUCCUCCGUUGUCUUCUUCUAGGCGGCAGAAAGCAAUGCAACCCUAAGAAUUUAAGUUUCGUGGGCUCACAUUUGACUAGGCAUCAACCUAUUCCUCCUUUGUCUUUUUUCAACACCACCGCAACCACCACCCUUCCGGCGGAGGAGCGAAGUCUCGUCGAGCAGAGGAGAGAAGCAAAGCCCUUUCGAGAAACCCUAGGAGGAGGCGGUUUGAGAAAUUUAGUUGUUGCACCAUCGGAGAAACAGCGAGUCGUUGAGAUAAACCCUCGCGUCAAAUUCCUAGGCCGAUUCGCGGCGUUCGCCAUCGGUGACCCGGAGAAUCUGGAUCUCGAGUUUGACAGUGUGGUCAAUGCCAAGGUUCAAAUGCUCAGAAAUGGCCGAUUCUACUAUAUUACUAUUCAGGCAUUGGAUGGUGGUGGGAUCAAAAGGUUCUACGAAGCUCAUGUUCUUGAUUCCCUCAUGGAAAGGAACAGCAUCUCCUUGAAAGAAUGGUGCGAGCUCAAGUCUCCUCCUCCUGGUUGGACUGAAUGGGGAAUCAAAAUUGAUGAAUCCUCCUCCUCUUUUGAUUCUUCACAACAACGCCCAGAUCGUUGCAGCGUGAACACCAAGAAGGGGAAGGGUAGAUCUUUUGGAGAGUUUAUUCUACUAACCUUGCGACAUGCUGAAAGGGGGGAUUUGACUGAGACGCUCGUUAUUGAUAGAAUUGUAUCGUCCUUGACGUGCAGAUCCAUUGUUGUCGCAAAGGAAAUGCACGAAAAAGGUGGGUGUAAUUAUCAUGUUGGAAUUUUGAAUGGAGAUGAGUCGAUAUAUACAGCAGCUACAGCUACUGAGGUCUUGAAAGAGAAGUUCCCUGAGUUUGAGGAAGAAGAAUUUGAAACUAAAUUCUACCAGGGGUGGGGGCCCAUCUGUGCUUAUUUAACUGAGCAGGAUAAGGGCCCUUUUGUUUGGGGGGAGUGGAACGCAGAUCAAAUCAAAGGGAUAGGUCGUCGAUACAAACAACGGAAGAAAGAGAAUGAACGGAAGAGAAAGAGAAUCGACAGCAGCCUCGUGGUACUUAGCUGAGAAAGCCCUCAUUAGAUGAGAAGGUAAAACUGGGACUGACUGUGUUGUGUUGGCUUGAGGGAGAUCGAGGCCAGAUUUUUGUGUGUGUGUUUUGCCCUGCCCCCUCUUCUGUAAUUAUUUAGAGUGGUAUGCAAGUAGAAAGCUGUAAACUUGAAACCAGUUUUUUGUAUUAAGUCUACUCAAUUAUCUUCCUAAAUUACUACGGACUAUAUUAUUAUAAUAUAGUAAUUAUAAUAAUUACUAUAUUAUUAGCUA